AUGUGUGUUCCCUUUUGUCCAGACGUAGCAAAGUAUGAGAAGUUGACAAAGGUUGGACAGGGGACAUUUGGGGAGGUGUACAAGGCUCGUGAUCGAGAGAGUGGAAAGAUAGUUGCUCUGAAGAAGGUCCGUAUGGAGAAUGAGAAGGAAGGGUUCCCCAUGACAGCUCUGAGAGAGAUUCGCAUUCUUCAACUCCUCAACCACGAGAAUGUGAUUAACCUUGUGGAGGUGUGCCGCAGCAAAGCUCCAGCCACACAAUAUAACAGAGAGAGGGGCAGUAUUUUCCUUGUCUUUGACUUCUGUGAGCACGACCUGGCGGGCCUCCUCUGCUGCGAGGAGGUGCGAUUCUCUCUACAGGAGAUCAAGUCCAUCAUGCAGCAGCUCUUCAAUGCUCUGUUCUUCAUCCAUGGAGUUAGGAUUCUCAACCGUGACAUGAAAUCUUCCAACAUCCUUAUUACUCGCUCUGGUGUCCUGAAACUGGGGGACUUUGGACUGGCACGAGCCAUGAGCAAGGGGCAGGUCCAGCGCUACACUAACAGAGUCAUCACGUUGUGGUACCGCCCACCAGAGCUGUUUCUGGGGGAGCGGAACUAUGCCACUCCAAUAGACAUGUGGGGAGCUGGGUGCAUCAUGUGUGAGAUGUGGACAAGGAGGCCCAUCAUGCAGGGAGACUCAGAGCAGAAACAGAUCUCCCUCAUCAGCAACCUGUGUGGCUCCAUCACCCCUGAGGUCUGGCCCGGAGUGGAGAGUCUGGAGCUGUACUGUAAACUGCAGCUGCCCUCGGACCAGAAGAGAAGGAUUCGAGAGAGACUGCGCCACUAUGUGAGAGACAUGCACGCCAUAGACCUCAUUGAUAAACUACUGGUCCUGGACCCCAAGAAGAGGCUGGACAGUGACGGAGCUCUGAAUCACGACUUCUUCUGGGAGGACCCCAUGCCAUCACAGUCUGACCUUGCCCACACCCUGUCCAAGGUCCGGCGCUCCAUGUUCGUCAUGCAUACCUCGACAGCUCGUCCAGGAGGAGGGGCCGGGGUGCCCGGGGCAGGCGGUGGCGCCGUUGCUGGAAACACAAACCAUUUUCAUGAUCGUGUAUUUUGA